GAUAUGUACAAACAAUGUUCCUUUUGUAACGGACAUCAAAAUUUUCGCGCUCACGAAUGAAUCGGGGAAACCCUGUUUUCGUCAGUUGGUAAAAAUGUUGCUGAUUCCCUAGGGGAAAAAUGAAUGAUUUUUUAAGAAUGGAAGGUUAUGUUCAAAUUUGAAUGAAGCAUAAUAUUUAUGUAUUUAAUUUUUUAUAACCAUAUGUGCCUCCUAACGAAGAUUUUGAUUAUGAUGUUGUUAAAUUUAUAAUAUUUUUAUUUGGAAUUAUUGAUGUAAAUAUCAGAAGUGCUUAAACGUUGAAUUGGUUAAUGAGAUAAACGACUAUUUAUUUACAAAUGCAAACUAUGUUAAUAAUAUUUUGUCGUUUUAUUAAAAUGUGUCAAAUCAUUAAAUUUAUGUGACAUUUGAGUUUUUCAAAUGGAACCAACACAAAAUACCCAAGUUUCAUCUGAUGCAGAAACAAAAGGGUUUGAUUUAUCAGCUGGAAAAACAUGGAUUUAUCCGGAAAACUAUCCUGUGAGAGAUUAUCAGUUCAAUAUAGUUCAAGCCUGUUUAUACAAAAACACUUUAGUCUGUUUACCCACUGGUUUGGGAAAAACAUUUAUUGCAGCAGUUAUGAUGUAUAAUUUUUGGAGAUGGUAUCCACGUGGAAGAGUUGUGUUCUUAGCACCUACUAAACCUUUAGUUGCUCAACAAAUUUUUGCUUGUCACAAUAUAAUGGGUAUAUCAUCUAUAGAGUCUGUUGAACUUACAGGAGCAAUCAAUCAGAAACAGAGAGAAAUAGCUUGGUUGAAAAAGAGAGUAAUAUUCGCUACUCCUCAAGUCUUUUACAAUGAUCUACAUAAAAAUAUUGUACCUGCUGAUUUAAUAAAAUGUGUAGUUAUAGAUGAAGCUCACAAAGCUUUAGGAAAACAUUCGUAUUGUGAGUGCAUUCAACUACUAAGUCAGAAAAAUAAAAACUUUAGAGUAUUAGCCCUUUCUGCAACACCAGGCAACAAAAUUGAUAAUGUUCAUGAGGUGUUGCAAAACUUGCUUAUCGCUCAUGUGGAGUUGCGAGACGAAACUUCCCCAGAUAUUAUACCGUAUAUCAAUGAAAGAAAAGUCGAUAUAAUUUUAGUACCACUUAACAAUGAACUAACAAAAUACAAAGAGAGAUAUAUUUUCGUUAUGGAUCGUCAUGUUAAAGUUUUACUGCAGUAUAAUGUUCUUAAGGGAGAUACAGCAAAUAUUUCUAAAGGAAGGAUAUAUCAUUUAUUAAAGGACUUUCAAAAUAAAACUAAUAAAUCAGGAAAUUAUGGACAAAUUAUAAAAACACUAAAUAUAUUAAUGACGAUGUAUCAUGCUUACGAACUUAUGAUCAGAGAUGGUCUCCGAGCAUUUUGUAAAUUUUAUCAGAAUCAUUCUGAUAAGUUUUGGAUGAAUGAAGAGACUCAAUUGUUGGAGUUGGUUGAAGACAUAAAACAAUAUCUUGGCCCGUUUCCGGAUGUAAAAACUAUUAAUGAAAGCAACGCAGCAAAUAUAUCACAAGAUCUUGUAUUCGGACAUACGAAGUUCGAAAAGUUAAAAGAAUUACUGUCGCAUCAUUUUACAAGCAGUCAGGAAAAACAGAUUGAUACAAGAGCCAUCGUUUUUGUUGAGUACAGAGAUAUCGUGAACGAAAUUUACGUGUUGCUGCUUCAGUGUCAACCAUUAAUAAAACCGCAAAUGUUUGUUGGUCAAGCUGGACAGAAACAAAAGCAGCAGAUAAAAGCAUUAGAACAUUUUAGAAGUAAUCACGUUAAUGUUCUUAUAUCUACAAGUAUAGGAGAGGAAGGGUUGGAUGUUGGAGAAGUAGACUUAAUUGUAUGUUUCGAUGUGUCUCAACAUUCUCCAACGCGACUGGUACAAAGAAUGGGGAGAACCGGUAGAAAACGCGAUGGUCACAUAAUUAUUCUGGUCACUGAUGGGAAAGAACACGAGACAUUAAAAUCUACAAUGGCUAGAAGAGUUUCCUUAAAUAACAGGAUAUUAAACACAAGCAAUAUUUUCUCUUCGCUUUAUCAAAGCAGUCCACGAAUGAUACCUGAUAUUUUUAAGCCAGAAUGUUUAAAAAUGCAUAUUAACGUGCAACCAAAAACUCCAGUUACAAAAGGCAAGAAAAAAAAAGCAGAUAAGGAGAACAAUAAGCGUCAAAAUAAGCUAAAGAAGAUUACAGCUCUAGAUUCUGAUACGAAAUCACAAAAGGAUGACAAUAAAUUUACCAUGACGAAAUUCUUUACAACUAAGAAAUAUAAAGAACAUUCAGAAAGCAAUGUUAAUACACCUGCUUGUGAUACGAGUCAGAAUAAAAAUAUAAUAAAACCAUCCGACGUAAAAAUUUUGUCCUGUGACAACGAUGCAGUUGAUUUUCUUACAACGUGUGCUUUGAGAACCUCUGAAAAAGAAACGGAUACAGAGGAAGAAUGUAAAAUUAAUAAAAUUUACAUACCUAAGUUUCCCCGGAUUAAAAACUUGUUUAAGUUUACAGUACCCAAUAUUAAAAUUCUAGAUUGCUUAAUUAGUUUAGAGGAUGUUGUUCCACUAAAUAGUAAUUUACACAAGAAUAAAAACAGGAGUAAAAGUAAGAGCAACUUGUGUAAUGAUGAACCUGUAUUUGAUAAUGAGCCGAAGCAAAAAGAAAAUGAACGUAUCAUUGAAAAGUCGAAAUUUGAAGACCUGCUUGAUAAUAGCAGUGAAUCAAAGGAAAGCGACAUAAUUAAUAACGAAGAUUUAGAGCCUGGAAUAUUUGAAGAUAUACUGAACGAAAUAUCUGAUGAAUGUGAAAGUAAUAUUCACGUUGAAAAUAUACAAGCUGAACAAUCUCAAAAUAAGAACGAUAAACGAAUAGUCGAGGAUAAUUCUAUAUCAAAUUCUAAUAAAUCCAAAAAUGAACAGAUUCUUAGUAUAACGCAAGCGAUCGAAGAGAUAGCAAAAUUAAAUACAAACUCAAGCAAUGCGAAAGUAAUCGAUGAAUCAGAAGAUGAUAUGUUCCAGGAUGAAGAUUUUUUGAGAGAAAUCGACAACAUUGAAGAGACAAUCAAAGAAGCAGAUAAUUUGUCUGAAAAUAAUGAGUCUAAUAACAAAACUGUUUUCAAUGACUGGACAGAUCUAGAUCAAUGGGAUGAUGAUUUUGAAAUUCCCAUGGAACCUGUAUGCAGUUCUACAAAAUUCAAUUUGUCCAAAGGAACAAACAAAAAAUCUAAACAACCUGUUAAGACAUUGGACUGGGACAGUGAGGAAUGGAUCUCGGCUGACAAACCUUCCAAUGUUUCAAGAGGGAGUACCUCUGAUUCAAGUAUAGCAAAAAAAUUAUCGAACGUAAGAAAAAAUUGGAAUUCGAGCUCAAAACAAUUUAUUAAAUGCAAUUUAAACGAUUCAACUAAAAGAGAAGAAGAAAAAGAAAGCAGUUUCUUCUUCAAUCACUCGAAGGUUGAGGACUCAUCGCGUGAACGAAGAAGCAAAGAAGAGAAAAGCUGUCAGAAACGUAUUCAUGGUAAUCGCAAAAGAAGAAAGAUACAUGAAUUUAUAGAGGAUGAAGCAAAGGUAUCUUCAAACGAAGUCUCUUCGGAUGAAAGUUCUGAAAUGGACACAGAUCUCGAUGAUUUUGUAAGCUACACCCAAAACGUACAUGACACAACUGACAUGCACAUUCACUAUUUGAAAAGUGUCAAAAGCCCGAUGAAAGCACGGCAGGGUUUCGUUUUUAAAGAACCACGUACGGUUGAUACGAGCAUAGAAAUAUAUUCGCAAGCGCCCGAACAAGAUGACACUUAUUUAAACGAUUCCUUUUGCGUGGAAGGAGACGAGAACGAACAUCAAGAUAUCACUUUAGUGAAAGAACUAUGCGAAUUGGAGAGAGCGGAACGAGAACUCGAGGGGCGAAAGCGGAAAGGGAAGCGGAAACGCUCAAAGAACGAAGCAUUAGACUGUAAGACUGAAAGAAGAAGUAAACGAAAAAAUUAUCGUAACAGUAGUAACAGUAGCAGUGAAGACGAGAUUGAAAAUUUGCGAAAACAGAUAAUGGACACGUCGAAGGUGUCGGUACAGUAGGGUUUUGUUACAUUGCUGCAGGAAUAUUAUAAUAACCCUGUCUUCUCCAAUAUAACAAGAUUUCACUGUACCUACAGCCACGCGAAUCGUAAACGUAUCGACAGAAUUUACUUACAUAGAUUAUAUCUUUUUUGCUUUUAUGAGACGUGUAUAUGAAGAAUAGAAUUUAGUAAAAAUUAUUCGGGAAACGAA